AUGGAUGUCUCAGGGAGUCCCUGCAUACAGAUUCGACGAAAGGUUUUAGCAGUGGAAGGGAAAUUCCUGAUCAUUGCCGUCGCCUUCCUGGCCUGCGCCUACGCCGAUGUCUCGGAGCUGGGUGCCUCUGGCUACGAUUAUCCUCAGCCCGCUCCUGUGAAGUCCUACAUCCCUCCUCCACCACCACCCCCACCACCGGCGCCCAAGAACACCUAUAUUCCUCCGCCGGCGGCCCCGGCCAAGGCCUACAUCCCUCCUCCACCACCACCACCGCCACCAGCACCCAAGAACACCUAUAUCCCCCCUCCGGCAGCAGCUCCUGCCCCAGCGCCCGUUGAGAGCUACAUUCCCCCCGCAGCACCAGCACCCGCCUACAUCCCACCCGCACCCGUCCAGGCCGAGGAGCCCAUCCAGGAGUACGAGCAGCCCGCCCAGGACGGAUACCGCUACAAGACCGUGCGCCGUCGUGUCUUCCGUCACCGCAACUAA